CCCGUGCACCCCCCCGGAUGCCGGGGGUCAGAGCGGGGCGGGUUGUGUGGGGGGGUGUGCGUGUCCCUGGGGAGGCCCUGCCGGGAAGCCGGUGGGGGGGGGGACCUGGGAGCGGGGCCAGGGGCUGCCCGGGGCGUGGGAAGCGGGGCUGGGGGGGGGGGGAACCCUGAGCCCCCCCUGGAGCUGGGGGGGGGGGGGGGGGCUGAGCCCUGGGCCCCUAAUAGCUGGGGGGGGGGGGGGUUGAGGCUUGGGUACCCCACAGCCGGGGGCGGUGGGGAGGGAAGGCCCGGGCCUCCCAUAAGUGUGUGUGGGUGAUCCCCAGGGACCCCACAGCGGGGGGGGUGAGGCCUGGGCCCCCCCAUAGCUGGGGGGGGGGGGAGCCCCGGCCCCCCCCGCUGGGAGGGGGGGGGGCGGGCACAGCCCGGGCAGCGCUCAGGCAUAGCGGCGCCCCCUGGCGGCGGCGCGGCGGCCCUAGCGCUCGGAGAGCGGCGCCGUUCGGCUCCCUUCGUCGCCGUUCGGCUCCCUUCGGCUCCCCUCGGUUCCCUUCGGCCCUUCCCGUCUUCCCUCGGUCCCGCUCGGCCCAUCCCGGCCCGGGCGAUGGCGGCGGGUCGCCGUUCGCCGCCCGGUCCCUGCUGCCCGUCGCGGGUGGCGGUGCCCAGCGUGCACCAGAGCCUGCCCGAGAUGGACUUCGAGCGGGGGAUCUGGUCGGCGGCGCGGGAUGGGGACGAGCCCCGGGUGCUGCAGCUGCUGGAGCGGCGGGGGGAGCCCAGCCAGCCCGACCUGGCGGGGUACACGGCCCUGCACUACGCCAGCCGCAACGGGCACCUGGGGGUCUGCCGGCUGCUGCUGCAGCGGGGCGCCCGCUGCGACGCCCGCACGCCCGGGGGUGCCACCCCCCUGCACCGCGCCAGCUACUGCGGCCACCUCGCCGUCGCCCGGCUCUUGCUGGACCACGGCGCAGACCCGGCUGCCACCGACGAGGACGGCCGUACCAGCCUGCACAAGGCGGCUGAGCAAGGCCACCGGGAGCUCUGCGCCCUCUUCCUGCGGCACAGCCCGGCGUUGGCCGGCAUCCGCGACGCCAAGGGUCGGCAACCCCGCGACGUGGCCGACCCGGCGGUGCGGGACCUGUUGGAUACCUGAGGGGGACACGGCGGAGCCUGGAGAGUCGGAGCCACCGCGCCGCGGGAGACACGGUGCCACCGGACCCGGUCGGCGAUGGAUAAACAAAGCUCCUGGCACCGAA